UUCAUACAACGACCCUUUUAACGAAAGAAUAUAGUCAAGCAACACAGCCGUAACACGAUGGUGUCCUCAGGUAUUCAUAGGCCUGGCUCAACCACUGUAAACAAGACGUCUACAGACUCAAGUCACGUAUUUCUUCUUUGGACACGGUGGCACUUCUUCAGCCAAACGCUACCGUUUGAAUCCACCAGAGGGCGCAGCACACAAAGCACCGGCGCAUAAUUACUAACCACGAUCAAUGCAUCGAAUGAAGAGUACAUUCAUGAGCGACGGUUGAUCUGUAAUUUCAGCUUGGAGACGUCAAUCAAUACGCCCAUGUAAAAUAUUCAAGCAAGUAUGGGAUUCCCUUUACCAAGCAAUGCAUGUUGUAUAGAAAUCAUCCGAUGAGCUAUAAAAUCAAUUGAUUAAGCUGCCACAUGAUGCACGGAUGUGGGCUAUUUCUAUUGCGGUGUUUUUCCGACAUAAAGCUGAGAAUAUACGGAGCGGCAGGCUUUAAGAUGUAGUUGAGGAGUCCACGCGAUGAUUGGCAAAUAUGUUCCUUUAAGUAGCCGGAUUCAUGGAAAAAAUGCCAGAGCGCCUGUCAACUUUGUGAUUUAUCCCAACUACCUCGCCAAGAACAGCACUGUCACCCCGGACAAAAAAGAACCAGGCUACCCGGUUUUACGCUUAGGCGACCUGGCAGCAGCUGCAGACGAUACAUUUCUCCAAUUAAUGAAUUUAGUCUCCGCGUUUGUGUGAUAACAUGUUGAAAUGUGCACAUGAAGUUGUUGCGAAAUAAGGAUGCUGUCUGCUUCAGGACACGCCCUGUCGCUGGAAAGGGCUCCCUUCCAUCGCGCGCUGUGGUCUAGCCUAUAUAAAAAGGCUGUAUGCUUCCGUGCGUUUAAGCCCAAAACAUGAACGUCAAAAAACUUAACGUACAGAUAACAUCAGGCUGCCAAACACCGUAGCCCUUCGAAAGUGUCACUGGGGCAUCUCCUCCCGGUUAUCUCGGCAAAGAAAGAGGCACUACCUACCGGGCAUGUCUGCUAGAGUGGCUCAUGCGCAGGACACACACCACCACUCCACGGAGAAGCCCCUGAUUCAGUGCUACAAGUGUGGCGAGCCAUGUAAGGGAGAGGUGCUGCGGGUACAGAACAAGCACUUCCACCUCAAGUGCUUCACCUGUAAAGUUUGCGGCUGUGACCUCGCCCAGGGGGGCUUCUUCAUGAAGAAUGGAGAGUAUCUCUGCACGCUGGACUACCAACGCAUGCACGGCACUCGCUGCAAUGGCUGCGGGGACUUUGUGGAGGGGGAGGUGGUCACCGCGCUGGGCAAAACCUACCACCCCGCCUGCUUCGUCUGCACCAUCUGCAAACGACCGUUCCCCGCCGGGGACAGGGUGACCUUCAACGGGAAGGACUGCCUGUGCCAGUACUGCGUCGAACCCAUGUCUCCGGGACCAAAGGACAUCCUGGGUUCCAGCAAUUGUGCAGGAUGCGGUCGAGACAUUAAGAACGGACAAGCUCUCCUAGCUUUGGACAGACAGUGGCAUCUGGGCUGCUUUAAGUGUAAGGCCUGCAACAAAGUCUUGACUGGGGAGUACAUCAGCAAGGACGGCGCCCCCUACUGUGAGAAGGACUACCAGAUCCAUUUUGGAGUUCAGUGUGAGGCGUGUCAUCAGUUCAUCACAGGGAAGGUGCUUGAGGCAGGAGAUAAGCACUACCACCCGAGCUGUGCCAGAUGCAGCAGGUGCAAUCAGAUGUUCACAGAAGGAGAAGAGAUGUAUCUGCAAGGAUCAACGGUGUGGCAUCCUGGCUGCAAGAACACCACCAGAACAGAAGAGAGACACAGGGAGCGGCCUACGAGGUCGUCGUCCGAGAGUAUUUGUUCCAGACCUGGUUCAAGCAUACCCGGCUCACCGGGUCACACGAUCUAUGCAAAAGUAGACAAUGAGAUCCUUGAUUACCGAGACCUAGCUGCCAUUCCAAAAGUCAAAGCCAUUUAUGACAUUGAGCGUCCUGAUCUUAUUACAUAUGAACCUUUGUACACCACUUCCCUGGAUGAGAGAGAGGAGAGCAGACAGAGUGUGGGAGAGCUCCACACUGCCAGGAGGGAGCGUUCCCCCUUACCCGAUGACAAGUGCUCAAGAAACAUGUCGCCGACUCCAUCUGUUGAGUGCUCUUACGACAGGAGAGAACGAGUCCUCCAAAGGUCCACCAGUCAGGGCUCCAUAGGAUCACCAGUUUAUAAUCGCCAUGGUUACACCCCCACCCUGUCACGGUCACCACAGCAUUUUCACAGACCAGAGGCUCUGACAGGCAUGCAGAAGCUCUGCUCCUCUUUGUGCAGUAACAGUGUGGGCUCCAGAAAUAGUGACUCCCGCCCCACUUCCCCUUUCAGACACCACUUCAUACCCAAUAGCCAAGGCACUGACCCGCCGAGUGGCCGAAGCUCCCCCCUCCCGCUCAGGCCCGACAGCCGGUCGGUCACCCCGCCUCUAUCUCAGACCCCUAAACAUUUCCACCUCCCAGAUCAGGGGAGCAACAUCUACAGAAAACCACCCAUCUACAAACUACACGAUACAGAUGCCAUAGCCCGUCAAAGCAAGUCUGCUGAUGAGAUCAUCAGAUCCGCCACCUUCCCUGCUGCCCAUGCUCCCGCUCCGGAUGACAGCUCGUGGAGUGAGGGCGACCUUUGGCCCUGCUCGCUCACUGUGUUAGGUUCGGAAGGGAGGAGAAGAUCCAGAGAAGAGGAGGAGGAAGAGGCCUUGAAAAGAAAGCAGCUCCAUGAGGAACAUCUGAGCAAGAUUCAGUCGGGUCUUGGAAAGCUCAUCCUGAAGGAGGAGAUGGAGAAAGAGCAGAUCAGAGAGCGUCAUGGACGUAGCCUCUCUGCCCAGCGUUACGACCCCAAACAAACCAACUGUGACGCAGAUCCAACUUCUCCGACCAAAACCAACUCUCUGCCCAGCUACGGGAGGAAUGGGCUGCACCGGCCCCAGUCGACAGAUUUCACCCAGUACAACAGCUAUGGCGACAUGUGCGGAGGAGGCAGAGAGUUUCAGCACAUUAAGGAUGGCCGUGCAGCACUUGCAAGGAUGGACAGGGGAGUAUCUAUGCCUAAUAUGUUGGAACCAAAAGUGUAUCCCUAUGAAAUGCUCAUGAUAACCAGUAGAGGGAGAGCUAAACUGCCCAGGGAUGUGGACAGAACCAGACUGGAGCGCCACUUAGCACCCGAAAUGUUCUUUGACAUCUUUGGAAUGGAGAUGAAGGAGUUUGACAGGCUUCCCCUGUGGAAACGCAACGACAUGAAAAAGAAGGCCAAGCUCUUCUAGCACUCAGAGCAGCAUGCACAUACUGUACAUUUAUUUACAUAGCACAUAACAACUGUAAUCUAGAUGUAGGCUUUUUGUUUAUUUCCUUUUCUUCUGUUCUUUCUUCUUACCCUGCCAUAAUCAAGGAAGCCAUGAAAUAGACUGUUUUUUUGUUGCUCUGAUACAUCCCGAGACUGUCAGCUGAAUGAUUUGUCCAGAUGGACAUGCAUAGAAAACCAGGAAUGGUAAUCACUUAUAUCACCAUAUUCAAAAAUGACAAAGAAUGAGAAUGAAUGAUAAAUAUGGUCUUUUAUGUGUUUAGACGGCACUUGUUUUACUUGUUGCUUUGCUGUGAGUGGAACUGCUUUCUUUUCUUUCUUGCUUGUUUCUUUUUACUAUUUGUUGCUGUUGAUUCCUGUGGAACUUUGUAAGUACAGUAGAACCUCAUGCGCCAUUACAAAAUGUCCAUGCUUGUAGCUUGAACAUGUGUCAGCUUUCCUUUGCUUGGGCUGAAACUGUUUUCGUCCAAAGUUUGCAAGAAUCGGCUCAGUGAGUCUUUGAAUACAUUUUUUGUAACUGCUGGGAAAGCAUUCUGCAGACCCACUAACUAUUUUACCGGAUCUACAUGGAAAUUAAUCAUCAGAGCACCUACACAUCGCCAGUCUGCUUCCCUUGGCUACUGUACACGCCAAACAUUCACCUGACCCCCACAAAAAGAACGUCUCUUCUCAGGCUCUCAUAAACAUAGCCAGACACUUUCCCUUUACGUUCCCUUUAUCUAUUGGAAGUACAAAUUGAUUUUCAUGCCAUAUUCAACAUACAGUAGCCAACAAAUAGAUAUAACACUUCAUGUCAGAAACAACUGUAUUUGAAAGUAAUGUUUUAUAAAUGAAAACCCACACUGCCAUUUGUUGUAUUGAAAUCAAGCCAAUAAAGCUUUAAACCACCAUAAACCAUAUGAUCCUCAGCCAUACCAAAGGUA